AUGGAUCAAUACGAUAUUGAUCUGCUGAGUACCUAGCAGGAUAACCGAAGAAAGGUUAAAUUAGUAAAAAACGGUGAUCCAUCUUAAAUGACAAGUUGUUUAGUAAAAGAGUAUAUUAACUUUGAGUAGCUUGCAGAAACAAUAUGUGAAAGUAUUGAUGUCAGCAAAAGAGAAGCACAAAAUAUUAGAGUAUUUAAGACUGGAGGAAUAGAAGUAUUUAAUGAAGAUGUUCAAUACAUAAAAAAUAACGAUAUUUUAUAUAUCUCCUUUGGAGAAGAAUUUGACGAAAGUUCAAAUUUUGCGGUUUUUAAGCUUUUAAGAUGUUUAGGAGAAGGAGGAUAUGGUAGAGUUUUUGAAGCAAGGAAUAGAAUUUCUAAGGAAAAAGUAGCUAUCAAGAUGAUUGACUCCUCUAAAAUAAAAAAUGCGAAGGACACUGAUAUGAUUUACAAAGAGCUUAUUGCUCUUAAAAACUUGAACCAUAGAAAUAUAGUUAAAGUUUACAAUUGCUAUACACUUUAAAAAGAAUAGAAAGUAGCACUUAUCCUUGAGUAUCUAGACGGAGGAGAUUUGAGAGAGUACCUUAAUGAAAAAAAGAUUUUGCCAGAGAAGGAAGCAUAAAAGCUAUUUAUUUAACUGUACAGUGCUAUAUAGUAUUGCCAUAGGGAGAAUAUUAUACACAGAGAUCUUAAACUAGAAAAUAUUAUGUUCGAAGAUAAGGCAAAAGAAAAGCUAAAAGUAGUAGAUUUUGGAAUUUCUGGGAGGUAAACUCUUGUUUAUGUUGAUCAUACUGAAGCUGGAUCUGCCAGAUAUUUGUCUCCUGAAGUAAUCACUUAACAUUUUCCUGCUCAUCCUUGCAUAGAUGUAUGGGCAAUGGGUUGCAUUUUAUUUUGGAUGCUAACAGGUAACUCUCCAUUUCCAUAAAAUACAAGAGAUGCUGUUUAGGAUAGUAUACUUAAAGGAAAGUGGAGCUUUUCACCAGCAGAUAAGAAAAAGUUGACUAGAAGUGUUCAGGAUCUCAUUAAAAAAAUGCUCAUAAUAAAUCAUAAUUAAAGAAUAACUAUGAAUGAAAUUGGUGAGCAUCGGUGGAUUUAAAACUUUUAUGAAGAAAUAGUGUAGCUUGAGCUAGAAGAGGAUGAACAAAAGAAAAAAUUUUAACAAGAAAAAUCCUAAUAGAAUGAAGAUGCAAAACUAGACAGUCCAUAAAUAUUAGCUCCAAUUAAAAAAAAGGCUGGAUAAGGAGGAUCCUUUACUCCUUUAUAAAAAAACUCCAACACUAAUAGUUAGCAAAGUUUAUUUAACGGAGGAUAUGCUUAAUCUAGUAGAAAUCCCUAUAGUAUGUAACCAAUAAGAAAAAACAGUAUGUUUAGCAAUAGUCCUGUAUUUAAAAGCCCUUAGCAUCACAGUAAUGCUAGUCAAAGAAGUCUAUAAUAAUAUUCAGUAUUUUCUUAAUAAAAUGGAGCUUAGUAAGGAAAUUAAGAAUCGAGACCAAGCAAUAAUAAUCAAGAUAACAAUAGAUUAAUACUACCAAAAAUAGAUUAAAAAAACAAUAACAAUAAUAAUAGUAACAACAACAGAAGAUUUAGUUAUGAGCCGCAAACACACAUAUCUUCCUAAAAUAAUUUUAACUCACCUAGAAAUCAUAAUGUUGUAUAACCUUUAAAUUUAAAUUUAAGGAAAGAAAGUAUAUUUAAGAAUAAUGUAUCUACUUUUAGAUAAGCUAGUCCUUCUUAAAAUUAGUUCCAUUCUCCAAAACCAUUAAAAAAUAUCCAUUAGCAUGAAAAUAUAGCAUAAUAAGAAAGCAAUUCAUAAGGUAAUUAAAACUUUAAAAGCAUGAAUGAUUUAGGUAAUAAUCUGAUAAAAAUCGAUAAAAAUAAAGCUGUAAAUGCCUCUUUUAUAGCAAAAAAUUAACUGAAAACAAAAGAAUGA